AUCUCGCGAGAAUUGGCGUCUUCACAUACGUGGCUUUUCUGUAUGCACUUCCGGUUUGGGUGAAUCACUACUAGCCGUCAACAUGGAACUGGAGGCCAUGACCAGGUACACAAGUCCGGUGAAUCCGGCUGUGUUUCCUCACCUCACUGUGGUGCUGCUCGCCAUUGGCAUGUUCUUCACAGCCUGGUUCUUUGUUUAUGAAGUAACGUCCACAAAAUACACACGAGACAUAUACAAGGAGCUGCUCAUCUCACUGGUUGCGUCACUCUUUAUGGGCUUUGGCGUUCUCUUCCUGCUGCUUUGGGUUGGAAUCUACGUGUGAAGGUUGCAGAUUGAAAAGAACAUUCCACCAACUCUGCAUUACCUCAGUGCUUACAGAUUUCUCUCACUCUCUUUCUUUCGCUCUUUUACACACCCACGCAUCUGGAUUGGACUUUGCACUGGCAGCAUGUUGACAGUUUGUAGGUUGACUUCACCAAUAAAUCAUUUUCUAAUAA